CGUAGCUCAGGAGGAGAGGCAGCGGGGCUGAGACCCGGCGCUGCCCGCCCGUCCCUCAGUGCGCUCCGCUCCGCCGCCCGCUGCUGCCCGGGGCUCUGCGGGCUGCCUUGGACAUGUCCUUCCUACCUGACUUUGGGAUCUUCACUAUGGGCAUGUGGUCGGUUGGUCUCGGAGCCAUCGGUGCAGCCAUAACAGGGAUUGUGCUUGCCAACACUGACUUAUUUUUGUCCAAGGCAGAAAAAGCAACACUAGAAUUUUUGGAGGGGAUAGAGCUAAAAACUUUGGGAUCAGAGCCAAGAACAUUCAAAGCAAGUGAACUGUGGAAGAAGAAUGGUGCAGUGAUCAUGGCUGUGCGAAGACCUGGAUGAUUUUUGUGCAGAGAGGAGGCUUCUGAGCUUUCCUCUCUGAAACCUCAGCUGUCCAAGCUGGGUGUUCCUCUCUAUGCUGUUGUAAAAGAGAAGAUAGGGACCGAAGUUGAGGAUUUUCAGCAUUAUUUCAAAGGAGAAAUCUUUCUGGAUGAAAAGAGAAGCUUCUAUGGCCCACGCAAACGAAAAAUGAUGCUGUCAGGCUUCUUCCGCAUUGGUGUCUGGCAAAAUUUCUUCCGUGCUUGGAAAAAUGGUUAUAGUGGUAACCUGGAAGGAGAAGGGUUCACUCUGGGAGGAGUAUAUGUGAUUGGAGCAGGAAGACAGGGUGUUCUAUUGGAGCAUCGUGAGAAAGAGUUUGGUGACAAAGUCAGCCUUCCAUCUGUCCUUGAAGCUGCCGAGAAGAUAAAGCCACAGGCUUCAUCAGCUGAAAAAUAGUUGCACGUUCUUCUGAUCGCAGCUUGAAAUGUAGAACACAUCUGUUUCUUGAAUGUGCAAUUUAAUUGCUUCUUAACUAUUUAGUGAUCAGUGCUGAGGAAAGAUUCUCUUUUCAAAUGUAAUAACUGAUGAAAACCCUCCCAGAUUUUUUGUGGCUUUGCUGUCUUCCAGGUGGUCAGAGUUUCAGCUGACCUUUUGUGUCUGACUGUAUUAAUGAAAGGCUGGGUCUAAAAUCUGACGUAGCCUAGAUGUUUUCAGUCAGAGACAGUCGGUUGAAAACCUGUCUACCUAGGGGAGCAAAACCGUGCUAAACCUGGAGAAACUGAGUAUUAACCUAAGGUUGAAGGGUAAUAAAAUUUUAUGUAGAUGAAAUGUCUUCACUCUUUUUUUUUUUCCUUAACACAUAAACACCUCUGUAUUUCUAAGAAAUCAUCCAGUCCAAUUCCUGACUCUACACAGAACCACCCACAAUUCAAACCCUACGUUUGAGGGAAUUAUUUAAAUGCUUCUUGAACUCCAGCAGUUUGGUAUCCUGAUCACUUCCCUGGGAACCUGUUCCAGUUUCUGACCACCCUCUUCUUGAAGAUCUUUUUCCUCAUAUGCAACCUGAGCCUUCCCUGAUGCAGUUUCAUGCCAUUCCCUCAGGUCCUAAAUCUUGUCAGUCUACAUUAGUCAAUCCUGAUGAAAUCCUGUCAGUCUAGAUAAUUCAGAGAUUCUGCAUUCAAGACAUUCUGUUGUAUUUUGAAUUACUACUACAUCUACCCAAGUGAGUUUCUUGUUGAUUAAAGACUCUGAAAAUUCCA